CAACAAUUUUUCCCUUAAGAACCUAAGACAAAGGACCUCCAUCCUAUAUCCUUAGGAAUUCUCUGGGGUCUGCUAGAGUUACAAAAAUGUACAUAUUAUGAAACAAUUUGGUUUCUAUAAAGUACAGAGCUCAAAGUUUUUUCUUUGAAAAUGGAGUCAUCCCAAAGAUAAGUCUGUAAGAUAUUUCUUUAGCUUUUGUUGCAAUGUGUUUGUUAUGAAGGUUAGUAAAAGUGUCUUUAAAAUCUGUUAUAUUUAAAUCUUUUCCCCAUUUAAUCCUAAUAGCUAAAUUUUCUUGUAACUGUUUUUUUAAUGUUGUGUAUAUUUCUUUAUAUUUAUUGUGUAUUGAAGGUUCAUUGCCUGAAAGAGUUCUUGAGAUGGAUCUAUAAAAAGGAUGUUUGGACUGCAGUUUUCUUGACCUCGCUGUUGGCUUUGUGUUGUCUGUGAACUACGUCACCAGAGUGUGUUUGGAUGACGUCAGCCAAUACGAACGGCCUGACGCUUUGUUUGUUCCUGGAUACAUUAGCUCAUUUCCCAUUGGUCUAUUACAUGACUGGAAGUAUUUGGAGUGUGGAUGAUCUCCUAGUGGCUAGAAUCACUCAAGACAGUUACCUAGUGGUUGUCAAAAGAAAACCUGAUUCUAAUUACGAAGGGGAAGAGUUUCUAGAGGAUUCCUCCACCAUUGUUGCCAUUCAGAAAAUUGUUAGGCUGUUCCCAAGUGUGACUGUAUUGAUGGAGUUGACUCAGGUGUCUUACAUAAAGUUCAUGGACAUCUCAGGGCUGACUUUGGCUUCUAAAAAUCUGGUCAUUUACAAAUGUAGGCACAAAUCCACAUCUGGGUCACAUUUGGGUGAAAUUUUCUGCUUACCAUUUGCUGCAGGUCAUUUCUUUUCAUCCAGCAUGUUGGACAACUCUGUUAUAUCAGACAUUCACCAAAAGUUAACUCAUUUCUUUUAUUUGACUUUUGCUGGGCAUUAAUGGAGAACAAGGUUCUGGACAUUUGUCAAGUAAUUGAAGAUUAUUACAUCAUAGCCAAAACCUCUAACAGGAUAGCAGGGAAUGGCAGUGUUCAGGGUUUGAGCCUGAGAGGAUCUAGGCAAUGUCAAGUGCAAACCACACUACCAGGAUUGUAAUUGGAAAUCCCUUACCACACUUGCAAUAUUGUCAAUGCAUGAUGUCAAUGUUUUCUUUCAGCUAUUUAACUAAAAUAGACAAAAAAUGACUACAACUAGAUGACUGAUACAUCUACAAAUUUAUGAAGAUGAACAGUCUUGAGAAGAAAAAUGAUGUAUAUUUAGGCUGCAUACAUUUUGAAAUAAAAUUCAAGUUUGAAUUCAACCAAUGAAAUAUUUUCAAACCUACAUUAUAUACAAAUUAGCUUAACUAAUAUUCUUCAUGACUAUUCAAAGUCAAAUUUACUAUAUAUAGCAUUAGUCAUUUAUUAAUUGAAAGGGGAACUUAUUUUUCCUUCUAAAUUCCUUAUUUUUGUAGUUUUAAUAUAAUUAACUCUCUAUGGAGGUGGCAUUAAGGAUGUGCUACUGGAGAUGGGAUGACUGUUAUUUAUUGUUCCCCCCUUUUAGACCUUGUGAUCUAUAGGGCAGAUGAUGGUUAAAGAGCAGGAUGUCAUGUGGCCAGCACAAUGACCAACCGCCUUUACUUUUCCUAACUGAAGUCAGGUACCCAUCAGAGUUGUGUGGACUCGGGGGUGCCCGAAAUUCUAAAUCCCAGUCUUCACUGGGAUUCAAACCCAGGACCCUAGGUUCGGAAGCCAAGUGCUUAUCCACUCAACCACUGUGCGUCAUCAAUUCUUCUGUGCUUGUGGUUAUGCAAAUCAUUUAUAUCGAUGUUUCAUUAAUUUGACUAACUAUGCUUACAGUUUCCCUAGCUAGCUAUUUAACCUGUUACUGAUGUAGGUGACAUUUGAUCAACAUAAUGAUCCGUCUUUAAUUUCUUCAACAAAAAAUACUCAAAGGGUAGAUUAGUAAAUUUUCAGAUUCAAAUUUAAAAAACAACAACUCUAGGUCCAUGGCUGCUAUCUGUCAUGCCUGAAUAGAUUUUAUAAAAUCCCUGAACUUUUUUUCCCCAUA